AUGGCGCCCUCCGCGGUCUCGACCGAGCCCGCCUCAGUGCCGGCGAGCAGCAUGAGCUUCGCCUUCGACGACGCCCUCCGGUUCUACCUCAACGGCACCCGCGUGGUCAUUGACGAGAUCGAUCCCGAAGUCACAUUGCUCGAGUACCUUCGGGGUAUCGGGUUGACAGGGACCAAGCUAGGCUGCAGCGAAGGCGGCUGCGGCGCCUGCACAGUCGUAAUCUCCCAAUACAACCCCACCACGCACAAAAUCUACCACGCCAGCGUCAACGCCUGCCUCGCACCGCUCGCGUCCGUCGACGGCAAACACGUCAUCACAAUCGAAGGCAUCGGCAACGUCGAGCGGCCGCACCCGGCACAGGAACGCAUCGCCAAGAGUAAUGGCUCGCAGUGCGGGUUCUGCACGCCGGGGAUCGUGAUGAGUCUGUAUGCGCUGCUGCGGAAUAAUGAGGCCCCCGAUGAACAUGAUAUUGAGGAGGCGUUUGAUGGGAAUUUGUGCAGGUGUACGGGAUAUAGGCCGAUUUUGGAUGCGGCGCAGACGUUUUGUGUUAAGAGGGAGGGGAAGACCACUGCUGGUGCUGGUGCUGCUACGGCUACCGCAGCAGCGGCGGCGGCAACGGUAGGGCCGGAUGGUGGAUGUGGAAAGGCCUCGGCAAACGGGGGCGGUGGGUGUUGUAUGGAGAAGGGGGGCAAAGGGGGUGGGUGCUGCAUGGACACCCCCAAAGACCAGCCUAUCAAGCGGUUCACGCCACCGGGGUUUAUCGAGUACAAGCCGGACACGGAGCUCAUCUUCCCGCCGGCACUCAAGAAGCACGACUUCAAGGCGCUCGCGUUCGGCAACAAGCGCAAGAAGUGGCUGCGCCCCGUGACGCUGGACCAGCUGCUCGAGAUCAAAAACACGUACCCCAGCGCCAAGAUCAUCGGCGGCAGCUCGGAGACGCAGAUCGAGAUCAAGUUCAAGGCGCUGCAGUACCCCAUAUCGGUGUAUGUCGGGGACAUCCCGGAGCUGAGGCAGUACUCCCUUAAGGACGACCAUCUGGAAAUCGGCGCCAACAUCACGCUCACCGACCUUGAAGGCGUCUGCCAGGAGGCUGUGAAGCACUACGGCGAGCGCGCGGGUCAGGUAUUCACGGCCAUCCACAAGCAGCUCAAAUACUUUGCGGGUCGGCAGAUCCGCAACGUGGGCACGCCAGCCGGGAACCUCGUCACGGCGUCCCCGAUCUCCGACUUGAACCCGGUGCUGCUGGCCGCGGGGGCUACCUUGGUCGCGAAGCGUCUGGGCAGCGACGACAUUGAGAUCCCCAUGUCUGGCUUCUUCCAGGGCUACCGGCGGACCGCACUCCCCGCCGACGCUGUGCUGGCCUCGAUCCGAGUCCCACUAACGAAAAAGAACGAGUUCUUCCGCGCUUACAAGCAGGCGAAGCGACAGGACGACGACAUCGCUAUCGUCACCUCUGCCCUCCGGCUGCAGCUGAGCAGCGACAGCGACACCGCCGUGGUGGAAGAGGCAAGCCUGGCCUACGGCGGCAUGGCGCCAACCACGGUACUGGCCAAACAGGCGGGCGAGUUCCUCGCGGGGAAGAAACUCGCCGAGCUGGAGACGCUGGAGGGGGUGAUGAGUGCCCUCAGCCGGGACUUUGACCUUCCCUUCAGCGUACCCGGCGGCAUGGCAUCAUACCGGAAAUCACUAGCCCUCGGUUUCUUCUACCGGUUCUACCACCAAAUCAUGGAAUCCCUCGGCAGCAACGAAACCGACACGCAAGCAAUAUCCGAAAUCGAGCGGGAAAUCUCCACCGGCAAAGAAGACCACGCCGCGGCCGAAGCCUACAUGCAAGAAACCGUCGGCCGGUCUAACCCACACGUGGCCGCGCUCAAGCAAGUCACCGGUGAAGCACAGUACACAGACGACAUCCCGCCGCUGAAGAACGAGCUGUACGGCUGCCUGGUGCUCUCGACCAAAGCCCACGCCAAACUGCUUUCUGUCGACCAUACCCCGGCGCUUGAUAUCCCCGGUGUGGUGGACUACGUCGACAAGAACGACUUGCCGAGCGCCCGCGCAAACCGCUGGGGCGCGCCACACUUUCAGGAGACGUUCUUCGCUGAAGACGAGGUGUUCACCGCGGGGCAGCCGAUCGGGUUGGUGCUUGCUACCACCGCAGCGCGGGCGGCGGAGGGAGCGCGGGCGGUGAAGGUCGAGUAUGAGGAGUUGCCGGCGGUGUUUACGAUUGAGGAGGCGAUUGAGCAGAAGAGUUUCUUUGAGGAGUUCUUUCGGGAGAUCAAGAAGGGGGAUGUGGAGGGGGCGUUUGGGACGUGUGAUUAUGUGUUUACGGGGACGGCCAGGAUGGGCGGGCAGGAGCAUUUUUAUCUGGAGACGAAUGCUGCUGUGGUGAUUCCGAAGCCGGAGGAUGGGGAGAUGGAGAUUUGGUCGAGUACUCAGAAUCCGAAUGAGGCACAAGCAUAUGCCGCGCAGGUGUGCAAUGUGCAGAACAACAAGAUCAACGUCCGGGUCAAGCGCAUGGGAGGCGGGUUCGGCGGGAAAGAGUCGCGAUCCGUACAACUCAGCUCGAUCCUGGCCGUGGCCGCGAAAAAGACCAAACGGCCGGUCCGGUGCAUGCUCACGCGCGAGGAGGACAUGGUCACGACCGGGCAGCGUCACCCCUUCCUGGGCCGGUGGAAGGUCGGCGUCAACAAGGACGGCAAGAUCCAGGCCCUCGACCUCGACAUCUACAACAACGCCGGCUGGUCGUGGGAUCUCAGCGCUGCCGUAUGCGAGCGUGCUCUGUCCCACUCGGACGGUUGUUAUAAGAUUCCCAACAUCCACGUCCGCGGCCGCAUCUGUCGCACCAACACCGUGUCCAACACCGCCUUCCGCGGCUUCGGCGGGCCCCAAGGCAUGUUCAUCGCCGAGACCUUCAUGGAGGAGGUCGCCGACCGUCUGGGCAUCCCCGUCGAGAAGUUCCGCGAGAUCAACAUGUACAAACCUCUAGAAGAAACACACUUCAACCAACCCCUGACCGACUGGCACGUACCGCUCAUGUACCAGCAAGUCCAAGACGAAUCCGACUACGCCGCCCGCCGCGAGGCCAUCACCCGCUUCAACGCCGAGCACAAGUGGCGCAAGCGCGGCCUCUCCCUGAUCCCCACCAAAUUCGGCAUCUCCUUCACCGCCCUCUGGUUCAACCAAGCCGGCGCCCUCGUGCACAUCUACCACGACGGCUCCGUCCUCGUCGCCCACGGCGGCACCGAGAUGGGCCAAGGCCUCCACACAAAGAUGACCAUGAUCGCCGCCCAAGCCCUCGGCAUCCCCAUGGAAGACGUCUACAUCUCCGAAACCGCCACCAACACCGUCGCCAACGCCUCCGCCACCGCCGCCUCCGCCUCCUCCGACCUCAACGGCUACGCCAUCCACAACGCCUGCGAACAACUCAACGCCCGCCUCGCCCCCUACCGCGCCAAACUCGCCGCUGCCGACCCCAACCGUGACCCUUCGAUCCCCAUCCCCCUCAAAGAAGUAGCCCAUGCCGCCUACAUGGACCGCGUCAACCUCUCCGCCCAAGGUUUCUACAAAACCCCCGAAAUCGGCUACUCCUGGGCCACCAACACGGGUAAAAUGUUCUUCUACUUCACCCAAGGCGUCGCCGCAGCCGAAGUCGAAAUCGACACCCUCACCGGCUCCUGGACCUGCCUCCGCGCCGACCUCAAAAUGGACGUCGGCCGCUCCAUCAACCCGGCUAUCGACUAUGGCCAAAUCCAAGGUGCCUUUAUCCAAGGACUCGGACUAUUCACAAUGGAGGAAUCCCUUUGGUUGCGCGGCGGGCCGAUGGCGGGGAAUAUGUUUACGCGGGGGCCGGGGGCGUACAAGAUACCGUCGUUUAGGGAUAUUCCGCAGGUGUGGAACGUGAGUUUGUUGAAGGGGGUGGAGUGGAAGGAUUUGAGGACUAUUCAGAGGAGUAGGGGGGUCGGGGAACCGCCGUUGUUUAUGGGGAGUGUGGUUUUCUUUGCUGUGAGGGAUGCGUUGAAGGCUGCUAGGGGGGGAUUUGGGGUUGUUGCCAAGACUGUGACUGACCCCAAGAAUGAGAAAGGAGAGGGAGAGGGAGAUAAGAAGGGAGAGGGGGAGAAGGAGGAUGGGCUGCUGAGAUUGGACAGCCCGGCCACGCCGGAGAGGAUUCGGUUGGCGUGUGUGGACCCGAUUAUGGAGCGGUCGAGGGUUGUGGCGAAGGAGGGGGAGAAGAGCUUUUUUAUUGCUAUUUAG